ACCAUGUUUACGAUUUAGCUUUCCCAUUCCCCAAAAGGUCCUCACUCUAUAAACAAUCCAAGCCCCCCCUGAAACUUUAGCACUCUCACUUUACACACCCCCUCAAGCAAACACAAGCGCACCUAUACACACAGCAAUACAUACAGAUGAAGAAGGCCGGAGCUGACAAGAAGAAGGUCCGGCGAUCCUCUGCCGCCCCUCAAAAUGGGGCCAAUUCCAACUCCGAUCCUGCCCCCAAGAAGAAAGCUAGCAACAAGGAUGUAUUUCAGUUGUUUGCUGAGAAGUUGAGAGAUCAUAAGGGUCUGGUCUCUAGGUGGGCUGUCUUGCAGGAAACACGUGUGGAGUAUUUCCGAGGGAAAGAUUUUGCUAGCUUUCUUAGGAAUCACUCUGAGCUGAAAGAUAUUCUGGAAUCCGACAGGAACCUAGAAGCGGAGGAUAUUGCUAAUGUUCUGCUGGAAAAAAAUCUUUUAGUGCGCUGUGACCGUGUGGUGAAAACUGUUCGUCCCGGGAAGAAAAAACUAUCUACUUGGCCUGCACAUUUAGAGAUAUUCCCGGAGCAAGUGUUUUCCGAAAACGACGCAUUCUUUGCAUGGACAUUUGUCAAAAGAAACCCCCUAUGGCAAACUCUGUUAUCAUUUUUUUGGCCUGUGUUAACUCUUGCAAUCUGUUUGUUUCCUGUAUAUCCUCAUCAGUGCAAGCUACUCAUACUAUACUGCUGUGCUGGUGUUCUCCUUCUUAUACUUAGCUUGCUUGCUGUGAGAGCCCUGGUAUUUGGUGCUAUUUGGAUUACUCUUGGAAAACGGGUCUGGAUUUUCCCUAACAUUCUGGCAGAAGAAGCAACACUAAAAGAUUUGUUCCGUUUUUGGCCCCCAAAAGAUGAGGAGGAGGGACCAAAGUGGACUUCACGACUCUUUUAUGCAGCAGUGGCUGCCUUGGUGAUAGUCUUACUGCGUCAUCAUGCCCCUGACGAAGCUGCUAGAGCCAGGUACCAAAAGAGGGUCUCCAAUAUUAUUGAUGAUGUGCUGGAGUGGAAUCCAAGGUUGGCAUUGUCCGGGAUGAUGGAUAAGCAGCCAGUGGUAAAUUCUACAGAUUCAAACGACAAUAUUACCAACGAGAGCAAGACGAGCUCUCAAGAACCAGCAGUUCAUGAUGAUGAAGAUGGAGAAACUAUUUCGAUGCAACAUGAGGAUGAAGAAGUUACAGGAGACCUAGAAAACAAGGACGACGAUAUGUGAUUAUAGAACUUGUAAUAGCUAUUAUAUUUACAGUUUUUUCUUUUCUACAGGGAAAAUUAAAUUAUGUAUUUGAUUUUAAUCACAAGUUUGCAUGUGUAGAAUUAUGGUAUACAAAUGAUGACGGUAAUCUAGCAGUCAAAGUAUGUGUUACUUUAUUUUUCUGUAGAAAAUUUUUGCGAUCCGAUACCGGAGACUUUUACUGAUCA